AAAGAAAUCAACAAAUGCACACCACGUCGGCUUUUCCAACCCAUCAUCGUUCAUCUCUCUCCAUAGACCCCAACAAUUCUCAACAAACGCUGCUCUCUGCCCACCUCUUCUCUUCACCAGAUCUUGCUCGAUUUCUUGCAUGCACUCACCCAAUUUAAUUCGAUUCAACUUAGCUCAAUCUUAAUCUUUCAAAAAGUUUAUAAUUUAUAUUUGUUAAUUUGAUCAAUAAUAUCCUCUAUUCCUUGUCAUCGUUAUCGAAUUCCAAUUACUUGUUCAAGGAAAGAGGGAUUCUAUGCAAGUUUUUUAGGGUUUGAGUUGAUCUUAUUUUCUAUAAGGUACGAGUAGAUCAGAAUCGGAAAAGAUGGAAUCGAGCAGGAGGGCGGUGGAAUCGUACUGGAGGUCACGGAUGAUUGAUGGGGCGACUUCUGAUGAAGAUAAAGUGGCGCCUGUUUACAAGUUGGAAGAAAUAUGCGAACUCCUUCGCUCUUCUCACGUCUCAAUCGUCAAAGAAGUUUCCGAAUUUAUCUUUAAACGUCUGCAACACAAAUCCCCCAUUGUUAAGCAAAAGGCUUUAAGAGUGAUCAAGUAUGCUGUGGGGAAGUCAGGUGUGGAAUUUAGGAGGGAAAUGCAAAGGAACUCUGUAGCUGUUCGUCAGCUAAUUCACUACAAGGGACAACCGGAUCCAUUGAAAGGUGAUGCCCUUAAUAAGUCUGUAAGAGAAACUGCUCAAGAAGCUUUAUCAGCUAUAUUUGCUGGAGAAGACAACAGUAAACCACCACCACAAGAAGGUCUUACACAACGUAUACAAGGUUUUGGAAACACAAACUUUGACAUUCCAUCUGAUGAUAAGAAGUCGUUUCUUAGUGAUAUGGUUGGCAUUGGAAGUGCAACAAUCAAACAGGGAUUAAACAGCUUAUCACAAGCUCAAACUCAUAACAAAAAUGACACAGGAACUUACAGGGGCCCUAAUCUGAGAAGAUCAUUGACUAAUGAAUCGAGUUACUCUGAUAGCAAAGAACUUUCUAGUCAAGCUGCAACUUCUUCUAGGUUAUCAACAAAUGUAUCUGGAUCUUGGGGACAAGAUCUAAAAACAAGUCAAAUAGAUACUGAAAAUGGGAAUGCAAGCUCAAGUUAUUCGAAUGAAAAGAGUCGUGAAGAGAGGUUAUUAGAGACCAUUGUAACAUCUGGUGGUGUUCGCCUUCAACCUACUCGUGAUGCCAUUCAAGUGUUCUUAAUGGAGGCCUCAAAAUUGAAUGCAGUAGCUUUAAGUCAUGCUCUAGAAGCCAAACUCCAAUCUCAUAUGUGGCAGGUUCGUGUGAAAGCCAUAUGUGUGCUUGAGGCAAUAUUGAGGAAGAAAGAUGAUGAACCUUUUUCCAUUGUCACCUCUUACUUUACUGAAAAUAUAGAUGCUGUGGUAAAAUGCUCUGAGUCUCCUCAAGCCUCUUUAAGGGAAAAGGCAAAUAAGGUUUUAAGCCUUCUUAAUGGAGAACAAAGUGGUAGCAGGAUAAGCCAUCAAGACAAAAAUAUAAAGACUGAAAAAACCAUUGUCCAAAUGCCUGAUUUAAUAGACACAAAUGAUCCAUUUGGAACUGAAAAUCUUAUCACAACACAAACAGAUGAACCCAUUGCAUCUCUCUCAACAUCAACAACAACCUCUCUCAUGAAUGAUUUCUUUAUGGAUUCCUCAACCCCUGAUUUACACAAUGAAGAAUUCAAAACUAGUGAUGACCCUUUUGCUGACGUGGCAUUUCACAAUAAAGAUGAAGAACAUGAAGAAACCGAUAUUUUUUCAGGAAUGUCCACUGUUGAUAAACCACAAGUUCCAACACAAACUACAGCUCCUGGAAUCGGAAUUGGAAAUGGAAAUGGGAAUGGAAAUGGACCCGAGUUAUUUGAUAUAUUCGGUUCCAACUCUGAUACCCCUCAAGGGAAUUAUAAAAAUGAUGUUAAUGACUUGAUGGCUGGAUUGUCUAUAGAUGGGAAUUCUCAAGGGGUAAACAGUAAUUUAACACAUCAGCCAGAUGAUGUUUUGAGUAACUUGCUUAAAUCCCAACAAGCACCUGGGAAUGGAAUACCUGGAAAUCCCAUGUUGCCUAUGGAUCCUAUGACAUAUAAUUCAGGAUUUAUGUUUAAUCCUGCAACAUUUGGAACUCAACCUGUAAAUUAUGCUGCUAUGAGUAGCAUUUUAGCUCAACAGCAGUUUUACCUGCAACAGAUGCAUGCUCAGAAUUUUGGUGCAGGAAAUGCUGCUUCUGGAAGUCAAGUCGGGGGUGGGGGGUAUGACUCAGCAGCUCUUCCAGAUAUUUUUAAUCCAAAUAUUGCAACUCAACAACAACCACCUGCUUCCAUGAUGAACAACUCCAAGAAAGAGGAUACUAGAGCUUUUGAUUUCAUAUCCGAUCAUCUUGCUGCUGCUCGUGACCCCAGGAGGGUAAACUAAACAUUGAUUGAGUCUUGAUUUGUGAAUGUCGACAAAACGUGUCUUGUUGGAAAAAGAAAAAAAAAGUAGAUAUUCAUUUACAAUUUAAAAUAAUAUAUAUAUGCAUGUGUGUAUUGUCUUGUCUUGUCAUCUAUGGAGAGUUAAGGGGAGGCAUAGAACUGAAGUUGAGCUUUGUGGUUUUUCUUUAUUUCUUUUUGAGGAUUUGUGAUCGUAAUUCUUAUACCUCAUCAUUCAUAGUGGCAA